AUAACCCAGCAGGGAGGUAAUAUUUUUUUCAAUAUGGCAGCUCCCAAGGAUUGAAAAGAUUAGUUAAUCUUUAUAAAAUAUCUUCCUACUUAAGAAAGCUACAUCUUAUAGUCAUUUUCAGAAUUCAUUAUAUACAUCAAAAUGACAAAUCUAAACCCUUUGUCACAUUUUCAUGUUCACUUCCUUUAACAUUAGUUUUGUUCAAUUUUAUCUGUUCUAAAAUUGUUUCAGACCUUUUUCCAUUGGUUGUCCACAUCACAGCCAGAGGGCUACCAUUGACCUUUCCUAAAAGGUUCAUACUAAGUGAGGUUGUUGACAUAUCCUAUCUGUGUGGGAUAUAUUGAGUGCAACGGUGUAACUUGUCAGCCAUUCACGUUAGAAACAGUUGGAGAAUAGAGGCCAGUCUCCCGUCUUUUACUACCAAUCUACACUGUCACCUUUUCGGAAAUAAGCAUGGCUUUGAAGAAUUGGAUACAAUUUGAAAAGCACUAUUUCCCUAAGUUUCCGUCUCUUCAAGAAGACGUAGGGAAACACUUUGAGGCUCGAAGAGACAUGAAAACACGAGCAGACGAUGUUUUAUUAGUCACCUUUCCAAAAUGUGGAACACAUUGGGUUUGGGAGAUCAUUGGCAUGCUUCUCAAAGGAAAGGCAGAAUAUCAACCGUUAGCCAGAGAGCACUUAUUCCUGGAUUCCGUUGAGCCAUCCUCUCUGGACAGUCUGCCAUCCCCCAGGGUAUUCAGUACACACCUACCUUUUCGAUGGUUACCACAAGAACACUUCCGCUCUGGACGGAAAGCUGUCAACGUCAUCAGAAACCCUAAAGACACUGCAGUUUCGCUUUACUGCCAGUUGCGAUCAUCUGGAGGUGAUUUGGUAAACAUCUCCUGGUCGGAAUUUUUCGACGAAGUAGUCGUAGGAGAAUACAGUAUAUACGGAGGGUACUUCGGUUUCCAAAAAGAACUCUACCGCGCUCUCCAGUCUAACAAAGGGUAUUCACUUCACACGAUGUAUUAUGAAAACUUGAAAAAGGAUCCAGUUCCUGAAAUACUCAAAUUAGCUGACUAUUUAGGAGUUACGUGUACGGGAGAAGUAGCAGCCGAUAUAGCUAAUAAAUGCAGUUUCCAUAACCUAAAACAUGCCUCCGAUACCAUAAAGGAUCACGGGGAAAUAAAAAGACUUAUGAAAGAAUGGGGACUAGAACUCCCCAAGUUUUACCGAAAAGCUUUUCUUUCAUACUGGCAAAGAAAUUGAGGACACACACAUUUUGAAGUAUGUAUUGCAGUCAAGGUCUUACUGAUUAUCUAACGGUUAUUGAUUGUUCCAACGCCUUUCAUGUCACGGGACUUAGUUCGUUUUAGCUCACCUGGGUCGAAGGCUGAAGUGAGCUUUUCUGAUCGAAAUUUUUCCGUUGUAUGUCGUCGUCAUAAACUUUUCACAUUUUCAUCUUCUUCGCCAGAACGAAUCACUGGACCAAUUUCAACCAAACUUAGCAGAUAGCAUUCUUGUGUUAAGGGGAUUCUGGGGUUUUUUUUUUAAUGAAGGGCCAUGUCCCCUUCAAAGGGGAGAUAAUCCCAAAACUGGAAAUAUAGGAUGGGGUCAUUUAAAAAUCCCAAGAACAACUGAGCCAGAAGAGCUGGCAUUUACAUGAAAGCUUCAUGACAUAGUGCAGAUUCAAGUUUGUCAAAACCAUGACCCCGGGGGUAGGAUGGGACCACUAUGGGGGAACAAAGUUUUACAUACAAAUAUAUAGGGAACAUCAUUAAAAAAAAUUCUUCUCAAGAACCACUGGGUCAGAAAACUUUACAUUUACAUGUAAGUUUCCUGAUAUAAUGUAGAUUCAAAUUUGUAAAAAUCAUGACCCCCGGAGGUAGGUUGGGGUCACAAUAGGGAUCAAAGUUUUACAUGCGAAUAUAUAAGGAAAAUCUUUAAAUAAGGGCCAAGGUAACUCAGGUGAGAGAUGUAACCUCUUAAUUCUUUAAAUGUUCCUCUGAAAGUCCAGCGAUAUUUAAUUUUAGUCCUUGGGACAGGCAAGGAACAUUCAUUUCCUAGUGUAAGCAUCUUGGUUGACUGCCAUCGUCGCCGUUGACGCUUAGGUUACUCUAUUGAUUAUUGUGGUCUAAUAUGUCUUUUACAAGGCGAAAUUGGGGACUGGAAGAACUGGUACACGGUCUCACAGAAUGAGCGACACGAUGCCAUGAUAAAAGAAGAAA